CUAAAUGAUUUUCUUUCGCAGGAUCACUCGGCCACUCUCCAGGUCGUCCAUCGUGGCCAAUACUUGGCGGGUAUCGCCGGGAACGGUAGAUCUGAAUUGAAUGUACUGUUCGCAGAUCGAAAGGAUCAUUCCAGCAAAGGCGCCAUAGUUUUCCGUCUGGACCACCAAUGCUUGACCUCGCUGAUACCAGUCUGACAUCUUCGGCGAUAAUAUGCUCCGGAAGAAGGUGAAUUAUUGCUGGCGCUGCAGCCCUCGCUUUCUUCUUUUCGAUGGAGGUAGCAAUGUCGUGCGGUCGUCGUCGAAGACACUUUUUGUUCAUGCUGAAUGUUGGGCAGGCUGGUCCGGCAACAUCCAGUACCGCGACCUCAGCUUCAAUGAACCGUAUCCGGUCGUCCACCUCCAGUAGUAGGGCCUGAACCAGGUCGUCCUCCCUUUCCUUCAAUUCCCGUUGAAUUGCAGCAUUCUCCAUACGGUACUUUCUCUCGAUUUCCUCCUUCUCUCGCUCAUACAUAAUAUCGAUCAUUUCUAGUUCAUCCGCUUGUUUUUGAUGGAAUUCGCGGAGUUUUUCCAAAAAUUGAGGAUGCUGGCCAGCUUCAACCAACUGCAGUUCCUUCUCUAGUUCAGAUAUUCGUUCUUCAUGUGAGAUGGCCGGCUUGGGAAGAGGCGUAA